AUGAAACGACAAAAGGUUCGCGGUGCAGAGGUAUGGCCAGAAUGGAGACGGCUACUAUGGCUGCGCCAGCCCUAUCCAGAUAACUUCACGGACCCUAGGUUUUUGACGACGCUGCAAGAAAUAACAGCGGGACAACUGCGGUCACAGGAGUUCUCGCGGUAUCUGGAUGUUGUGCUAGACUUCCUCACGUUCCACCACAGAUUAACGAACACUCUGCUCAUCUAUGUGGUGUUCACGCUACUAUACCGCUACCAUUACUCGCCAAUUGCGUUGGCUGCGUUGACGACUUUGUGCGCCUCGUUAUCAUUCCGUGUCCUGGAGCACCUGAAGUCUUCCAUGAUUGUCACAUUCACCAUGUUGACGUUAGCACCAGUGCUGAAGACACUAUCUCGGACGACGUCAUCUGACUCGAUAUGGAAUCUGUCAUGCUGGCUGACAAUCAUAUAUGUGUUGAGCUAUUCGUGGACUCAGUCCUCGUUGGUCCCAACAAACAUCCUGCUCUCUAACGUGACCGUGUUAGCGUCGCGGCUGAACACUACUCCGGAAGUGUUCUGCUUUCUCCUGAUCUGCAUUGAGCUUAACAUUCUGCUCCCUUCUUAUGAGAGAAACUUGCGUCUACAAGGACGGUAUGCAACAUACGGAUGUAUUGUGAUGUUUACACAUGCUAUCGUAUAUACGUUCGUCACAAUGACAUUGGGUUGGACGUACACAGCACCACUGCUUGUGUUGUCGGUUGCAUUCAUAUUUAUCGCGCCGGGGUACUUCAUAUAUUGGCAGCGGCACCACUAUAAAGGACACGAGGUGCUAGCCACCUGGGAUGCCAAGAAGCCCAUAUUUGACUAA